AUGCGUCUUUCCAAUCUGAUAGCGUAUGCACUCGCACCGCUUCUCGCCUCUGCAACCAUCCUGCAAAAUGGACAAGUUCGAGACAUAGUCUUUCCUGACACAAGCAUUGCAUCUGUGACCAGCAACUCCAACUGGACGUCUUUCUCUCCCAACGCUUCCCAGAUCUCAUACAAAGGUCGUUGGGACGAGAAGCAUAUAUCUUGGUGGUCAGCUCCUGGUCUCAAAUUCGGCUUCACCGGCGACAAAGUUGCUAUAAGCUUUGGUCAAUACACUUCUCAAGCCGUGCUCAUUGCAUACAGAUUCGCUGGUCAAGACUGGUUGUUCACAAACGUCACUGCAAACUCGACCCACCAGCUUAUCGACGCAUCGACUGUAGGCUUCAAUCUUACAACUCAAUCGCAAAAGCCGCAGACAUUCGAGCUUCGUGUCACCAAUUAUGCCUAUGGUGUCCAGAUAGCUGGUGUCCAUCUCAGCAAAGGUGCAAAACUCAUCAAGAUUCCGAACUAUUCCAAGAAAAUCGAGAUCAUCGGCGACAGUCUAUCAGCAGGUCAAUACGGAACCUACGAAGGCAUUUCGAGCUACGCCUGGGGUUUAGCCGAGGGUCUCGGAAAUGUCGAAUUCGACAUCACCGCCUAUCCUGGUAUCUGUCUGGUGGACCAAAACUGCUGGGGAAAUGCUCAUGGUCAAACAUACCAAUGGUACAGAGCUUCCGAUACUUCCUACCGCUCAGAAGUCAUCUAUGGCGACAACCCACCACUUUGGGACUUUAGACAUCAUCAACAAUCCGAUAUUGUGGUCAUCAACCUCGGCACCAACGAUAACAACACGCACAACAACGUCACGAACGAGAAGUAUCUUAGCAGCUAUAUCGAUUUUGUCGGUCAGGUGCAUCAGAAGUACCCACGAGCUCAGAUCAUCCUCAUCGCUCUUUGGAACGGAUUUGGUCAGGUUGGAAAUACUUGGGAGCAAGGUGGUGCCUUCAUAGAGGAGAUUCAACAGGUGUACGCUCACUACCAACACGCCGGUUUCGUGCAUUACUUCAACACUACUGGUAUUUUGCAACACAACGAUAUUGGACCACAAUAUCAUCCUACGGAUGUUGGACAUAUCAAGUUGGCAAGCCAUCUGAUGCAAUACAUCAAGCUGAAGUUUGGCUGGGUAUUCGGAGCUACUGGGCCGGAAGUGCAAGCAGAUACGCUGUACUGGAACGAUGAACCGGGCUAUUGAGCUCGAGAGGAAUUCCAAAAAUCCUUGUGCCGUGCGCGCUAGGACAUGACGACAAGAUAUGAGAUUGCUAGCAAGAUAUGGAAUAGAAGCCAUCACAGAUGACCAUACUGUAUACUCAGUCCAGCAUAGCACGAAUAGAAAGCAAACCAAGCUCUUUUGCUAGCUCGUCGUCUCUUCCAGUGUCUGUCUACCCAAUACUCUCGAUUUCUCCAUCCGUUCACCACCGAACAUGACAUUACCUCGAUCUUUCCAAUCCUCCAAAUCCGUCUUCCACGUGCCUUCGUGAAAAUUCACGUUUCCAGGGAGCAUGUUACACAGUUCAAGAACACAAGGAACACAAGUGA